AUGAAGAUGGAAACGAGCGUCUCGAACGACACGAUCGAGACGAAUGAACCUCGUUUGAAUGCAUCCUUGUUCUUUCGACGGUUGGAUCGUCUCUAUCGUUCCUGGAAGGUCCAUCGACAGGAGACAGCUUGGGGUGGGGUGGAUUCGUUCUGUGUCCUUGCAGGACGUGCCCAGCAAGAGGAAUCCGGGUAUCGCAAGUCGGCCGUGUUGCAGAUUUAUUUACUGGGGUUUUUAGAGUUUCCCGAGACGUUGAUGGUGUUUACACCUCGGAAACUUUAUAUUCUCACGGGGGGUAAAAAGUAUACAAUGUUGGAGGUCGUGGCACAAGCAAAUCUGUCGUCGGACAUUACAUUGGAACUGCUGAAACGGAACAAAGCAGACAAGAACAAGGCCAAUUUUACCGUCUUGAUUGACGCCAUUAAGGCCAGUGGACCAAAGACGGGUGUUUUGACCAAGGAAAAUCCACUUGGAGAACUUGUAGCGAGCUUUAAAAAGGAAUUAGAGGCUACGAAGGUGGAACAAGUGGAAAUUGGGAAAGGAAUUGAAAUGGUAUUGACAGUCAAGGAAAGUGAAGAAUUGGAGAAUAUUCGAUGGGCUGGAGCGUUAUCGAGUAAAGUAUUUAAACUCAAGUUUAUGGAAGAUAUGGAACAAAUUAUUGACGAUGAAAAAAGUAUCAGUCAUGAAAAAAUUUCCAUGGCUAUUGAAGAUGUUUUUGAUAAUCCAUCCAAGAUUAAAGUAACGAUUGAUCCCGUGGAUAUUGAACCGUGUUAUCCACCGAUUGUCCAGUCGGGUGGGAUAUAUGAUUUGAAACCAAGUGCACAAAGCAAUCGAGAUCCGAUGAAAUAUGACGUGAUCAUUUGUUCACUUGGUGCAAGGUACAAAGGAUACUGUUCGAACGUUGGACGUACGUUCUUUAUUGACCCGACCAGUUCGAUGGAAAAAUCGUACGAAUUGCUGCGUGAAGCGCAUGAUUUGUGUGUGAAAGAGCUGCAGCCUGGAAAGACGGUAGGAAAAGUGGUGGAAAAGGUACGCAAAUUCAUCCAGUCGAGGAACGCGACACUCUUUAGCAAACUUACAAAGAACCUCGGGUUUGGUAUCGGACUAGAGUUCCGCGAGUCUUGCAAUUUACUUACUACCAAGAAUCAGACGGUGAUCAAGGAAGGCAUGGCAUUCAAUGUGGCGUUUGGAUUCAAUGAUAUUCCGAUCCCAGAAUCACAACGCAAGAAGAAAAAGCUUGAUAGUUACGCGGUUUUUCUUGCCGAUACUGUAGUGGUGUUGGAAAGUGAGACAAAGUAUUAUACGAAGGUACCGAAAGCAUGGACCAAAGUGCGAUACGACAUUGACGAUGACAAUGAUAUGGAGGAGAAAAAAACAAAGAAGAAGCAUAGCAAGACCAAGGACAGCUCAGCAGUUGACACAUCGCUUGCUGGUACGCGCAACCAAGUAUUGCAAUCACGUCUUCGUGACCAGCAACGGCAGCUCGAAGGCAAAGAAACAGACCAGGAGCGCCGUGAUCGUCAUCAGGCUGAGCUGAUGCGGCGAAAGCGAGAGGAGGCUAUGCGACGAUUGGAGGAGCAGAAUAACGACAACUCGGAUGACCCAAAAAAGGAGAAGAGCAUUAAGGCUUACUCGGGUCCACAGUACUAUCCCUCUGAGCUGCGUGAGCGUCAGGUUAUGGUGGACAUGCGCGCCGAGGCGGUUAUACUACCUAUCAAUGGAGUUCCCGUGCCGUUUCACAUUUCGACUAUUAAGAAUGUGAGUAAGUCUGAGGAAGACAAGGCGACAUACUUACGUAUCAACUUCUAUGUGCCUGGAACGUCUUUAGGACGCGACGUCCUUCCAGCCAUGGCGAACGCGAUUACAAAGUUCCCAAACAAGAUGUUUAUUAAGGAGCUCGGCUUCCGCUCCACCGACGCACACAACCUGAACAACCAAUUCCGUCUGAUAAAGGAACUUCAAAAACGUGUAAAGCAGCGUGAACAACGAGAACAAGAAGAGUCCGACCUGGUCGUACAGGAGGACCUGAUCCUGACGCGCGAUCGACGUGUGCCGCGCCUGAUUGACCUGUCGGCUCGACCGCACUUGACAGGUCGUAAGACGCACGGUACGCUGGAGGCGCACUCGAAUGGUGUGCGUUUCACGACAAACAAGAACCAAAAGCUAGACAUACUGUACGCAAACAUUAAGCAUGCGAUCUUUCAGCCUUGUGACAAGGAGCUUGUCGUACUGAUUCACUUUCACCUAAAGAACCACAUCAUGAUCGGCAAGAAGAAGCAGAAGGAUGUACAGUUCUACACCGAAGUAAUCGAGGGCUCGCAGACACUUGACAACCGGCGGCGAUCGAUGUACGACCCUGAUGAGCUGGACGAGGAGAACCGCGAGCGUGCGCUGCGUGAGAAGCUAAACACGACUUUUAAAGAGUUUUGUCACAAGAUGGAAAGUGUGUCGGAACGACAUGGGAAGUCUGUGGUAUUUGACAUCCCCUACCGUGAACUCGGCUUCAUGGGUACGCCGUUCAAGGAAAUGGUGCUGCUACAGCCGUCAGUGCACUGUCUUGUGAGUCUUACCGAUAUGCCCUUCUUUAUCAUUUCACUGGAUGAGGUGGAACACGUUCAUUUCGAGCGUGUCAUGUUCUCGUCCAAGAACUUCGACGUCGUGUUCGUUUUUAAAAACUUUGAUAUCAUGCCAACGCGUAUCAGUGCUGUAUCCAUGAGCGAACUGGAGCGUAUCAAGGAAUGGCUGGAUGACAUUGAUAUUUGCUUCACCACGGGAACUGCGAACCUGAACUGGAAGAGUAUCAUGUCCACGAUCAAAAGCGACAACCGCUUUUACCUGGACACAGACGAUGACGGUGUGCCGAAGCCGGCUGGAUGGGAGUUUCUCAAAAUGGAAGGCUCCGAUGAUGAAGACGAAGAUGAGGAAGAAGCGGGAGACAGCAACUACUCGGGCGCGUCGGACGACGAUGUAGACGAGAGUGAGUCGAGUGAUUCCGACGGCUCGGACUGGGAGUCCAUUGUGGACGAGGAAUCGUCAUCCGAGGUACAGUCAGAGGAGGAGGAGGACGCGCCGUCCUGGGACGAGCUGGAGAAGGAAGCACAGGCAUCCGAUCGCAUGCGCAACGAAAAGCGUGGACCCGAUGACGAUGACGGAGAUGAAGAGUUCCGUCGUGCGUCCAAGAAGAAAAAGUCGCGUCACAAUCGCCACUAA